AUGGCCUUCCUCACUCCAGAAGCGGCCGCUGAGAGCCAUGCCGACCUAGUCCGGAUUCCGAGCAUUGUCUUCUUCGUCGUCACGCCCAUAUUCGUCUUCAUCAGAUUCUGGAAUCGUAUUUCGAGGAGAUCAGGGCUGGGUUGGGACGAUGGCACCAUCGCUGUGUCCUUUGUUUGUACCCUCUUGGUGCAGAUAUUUAUGAUGAUUUCAUGCAAUUAUGGGUUCGGCAAACACAUUGCGUCCUUGUCACCUCACGACAAACUAGAAGCCCUCAAGUGGUUUUACGUUGCACAAAUCUUCUACAAGUUGACCAUCAACCUGACCAAAAUGUCGAUUGUUCUCUUGUAUCUGCGAAUUUUCGUCCAAAAGUGGUUCCGCAUCUCGUGCUACAUCCUCUUGGGCAUCGUCACUGCAUACUGCAUUGCUAGUACGUCGACUUCCAUCUGGCAAUGCAACCCUAUUCGAGGAGCUUGGGACAAGUCCGUGAAACCCACAUGUAUCAGCUUGACCAUGAACUGGUACGCCAACGCUGGCUACUCCAUUGCCACGGAUGUUUUAAUUCUGUUGCUCCCCAUGCAGCCCAUCUGGGCGAGCAAGCUGCCCGUCAACCAAAAGAGAGCUCUGAUGUUUGUCUUUGCUCUUGGUAGUUUCGUUACCGUUACAUCCAUUCUGCGUGCUACCACUCUCAACUUCUCGACGACCAGCCCUGAUACGACUUUCGAUAUCACCUCUACGCUGUGGACCAUCAUCGAAGAAAACGUCGCCAUUAUCUGUGCCUGCUUGCCCAUGUGCCGCAUUGUCCUGGCCUUCCUCUUCCCCAAGAUUUUCGGCGGCAACACCACCAAGGGAUCCACUGGAGCCUCGGGCGGCCUGGGAUCUGAGAACCACCACAACAAAUACGGAUAUGCUCGUUCUCAAUCUCCUACGCGCCGCCAAAGCUGGAAGCCUUAUUCCGGACCGGGCGGUGAUGGCGUCAGUCGCAGCACUGCUGCUCACCAGAGCGACGACACAAGCGAAGAAUUCAUCCUCACGACAGUACAAAGACAUGGGUCAACGGAUGACAACGACGGCGCCAUUAGAAAGACUACGAAGUACGAAGUGUCAUACGAAAAUUGA